GUCACCCCCGUGGUCGCGCGCGAUUCUUGUUUAUCAAUAAACAUGCGAAAACUUUGCGAUGUUAUGCACAACGCCGAUGUCAAUGUAGUUUCAGUAGAGGAUACACUCUCGACCGGCUAUAAUCAAGUUUGCCGCAAAGUAAAGUUUAUCAAGCGCAAUAUUAAUAUUUAUUGAGGAUCAUGGCGAGAUAAUCGAUGUCGCCGAUGAAUUAUUCUACAAUAUCGACGCACCCGUCGUCCGCUCUUCUUUUUUGAAAUAAUUACGCGAGAAAAUUUCUAUAGAAGAAUCCUCGCCACGAUUUUCUGAAAUGAGUUCCUCCAACUUGGUUUCUGAUCCGCAAAGGAUCCUCUCGUUGAUCGAGGAAUUGUGCGAUCUGUCAUAUACGGAAGUGCAACGGCGGCUGAAUAAAUACGUGCAGAAUGCGACAAAUGCAAAACUAGUCUUUCUCAUAUCAAUGCUGGUAAAUUCCAAAGAAAUGGUUAUUCAUGUAAUAGGUGAAACAAUUUUAGACACAGAAUUAAGAUUUCCUAUAUCAAAUAAUGUUUUGUAUGAGGCUGUGAUAACUAAAACGUCAUUGAUCUUGAGUGUUGCGAAACUUGACGAAAAGUUAUUGAGAUAUAUCAAUAGAAUAACUGAUGUUACAUCAAAAUCCCUCUUAAUAAUUCCAAUACAGCAUCCUUUUAAACAUUAUACAGCUUUUCUUGUGUGCCUGGUAGAUUAUAAGGAAGAAGAUAAAGCUAGGCAUGCUUGUACAGAAAUAGUUCAAGAAUGCUUUAGAUUUUGCAUUGGGUAUUUGCUCAAUUUUCAUUGCUCAUUAUGUUGCUGUAACAAAAGUCGUAUGAAACAACAGUGCCAAAAUUUAUUAACUAUUUCUAAAAAGCUUUUUACACAUUUAGGAGAUCUUUCUGAUCACUUAUGUGAGAUCAUGGCAGAAGCAAAGAAAUUAAUCAAUGCAGAAAAAUGCUCCUUAUUUCUUCUGGAUCCUGCUCGACAAACUUUGGUUGCAAAAGUAUUGAACGAUAUUUCUACAAAAGACAACCCAAAUGAAAUAAGAAUAUCUAUUAAGCAAGGUGUAGCUGGUUACGUUGCGACUACGGGCAAAUUACUGAAUGUUCAAGACGCAUAUAAUAAUUUUUUUUUUUAUCGUGGGAUUGAUGAUGUAACAGGGUUUAAGACUAAAAAUAUUUUAUGCUUUCCAAUAUGGGGCGACAACGGCGUUGUCGGAGUGGGUCAACUUUGCAAUAAAAUAAACGCAUCAUCUUUUGAUGCCUUUGAUGAACAGAUUGCGACUGCAUUUAGCAUUUAUUGUGGUACAUCAAUAAUGUAUAAUAAAAAGAUGCAGGACGCUGAAGCUCGAAAUGAACUCAGUAACGAGAUAAUGAUGUAUCACAUGAAGGUGGAAGAAUCUGAUGUGCAAGAAUUGUUAAAUUGUAAGGAUGACCACAAUAUUAAAGAUUUCGACGAAUUUCAUUUUAGCCCAAAGAAUGUGCCGUACGAGCAUAUGCCUUGUUAUAUCAUUAAGAUGUUCACAGACUUGAACUUUCUUAAUCAUUGGCGAAUAGAAAAGUCAACACUUGCGAGGUUUAUAUUAUAUGUCAAGAAAAAUUACAGAGACGCAUCUUACCAUAACUGGACACAUGCAUUCUCCGUAACACAUUUUGCAUAUUUGUUGAUAAAGAAUGUGCAGCUCGUUGAAGAGAAUUAUAUGACACCUUUACAGGCUCUGGUGCUCUUUGUGUCAUGUUUGUGUCACGAUAUAGACCACAGGGGAACUAAUAACUCAUUUCAAAUCAAGAGUGGCACUGCAUUAGCGAGUCUUUACAGUUCAGAGGGUUCUGUUAUGGAGAGGCAUCAUUUUGCACAAACAAUGUGCAUUUUAAACAUCAAAAGCUGCAAUAUAUUUGAAAGUUUGAAUAGCAAUGAGCGCGAUGAAGCCUUGGAUUUGUUAAAAAGCAAUAUACUUGCAACUGACUUGGUCUCUCAUUUGGAUAGCGUAACGAAGCUAAAAGAAAUGAUUCGGCACAAGUAUAAUAAAGAUGAUUCAAACCAACAGAAGCUGUUAUUUGCGAUGCUUAUGACUUGUUGCGAUCUUAGCGAUCAAACCAAAGAUUGGAAAGUUUCAAAGAAAACAGCGAGGCAAAUAUAUGAUGAAUUCUUUUCGCAAGGAGAUCUAGAAAAAAGCAUGGGUAAUGCACCUAUCGAAAUGAUGGACAGAAAACGUGCGUUCAUUUUCGAUAUUCAAAUAAAGUUCAUUACAGAUAUAGUCAUUCCUGUUUUUACUAAUCUUUCGUUACUAUUUCCAUCAACUCAGUCUCUGGUUCACGCGCUAAAACACAAUCUUUCAUUAUGGGAACUGGCUAAGAGUGUAUUUCAAAACUAUUCUACGAAUAAAACGAAAGAUCUCGACAUUUUAUUCGAUCUCAAUUUUGAAGAUGAAGUACUUAAAGUGUUUGCUCAAAGAAAUUAAAAUUCUAUGGAAAAUUCAGAUGAACACAUAGACUUAAAGGAAACGAAGAAUGAUGCAUAAAAUAAUAUUUGAGAAAGAGCAUCAAAAUUGAUUCAUGAAACUCAAUCUGGAUUUUGCAUGUAAGAAAUUUCAAU